UUGCAUGAGGUCACGUUACAAGAGGUGAUAUGGCCUCCAACGAAUUGUUGUGUCAGGGAAGUUUUUUUUUUUUUUUUUUACUUAAAUUAUGGAUUAAAAAUCAGAAUUGAUAAUUUUGGAUUUGAUUUCCUUGAAGCCAUGGCAGAAAAGUUUGAAUCCUUUGAGUUUGCUCAUGUAAAAGGAGAACUCCGUUCCAGCCGUUUCACUACCAAGAACUGCAAAUACAAUGGACAGGUAUCCAAAUCUUUGAGCGGAGGGACAAGCAAAAGUGGAACGAAAAGCCGUUUCCCUCUCCAUGUAACGGCAAUGGCAGCAGCACCAUCACCACCACUGAAGAAGGAAUCAACGAUCGAGCCCAAACAGGGGGAACGCAAUAAUGUUGUAGACUGGUCACCGGUGGAUGAUGGGAUCAAGAUUGUAAUCCCUUCUUCUUCUUCUUCUUCCACCGAUGAAUCUGAAACCAGAGAAAAAAUCGACUCUUACAUUAAUUAUGUUCUGUAUGGCCUUCGCGAAUGAGAAGAGCUGUGUUUGCUGAAAUAUGCCCCGACUUCGAUCGUUAGUUCCAUGAAAUCUGGUUCAGCAAGAAAUAAAAAUUUCCUAUUUUCUUCA